UUAAAUAAACUUAGAAAUGGGUUGUUGAUCAUCGAAUCAGGAAGAAGCCAGGAAUCCCAGAGGUGCCAGGCCUCAUAACCACAGGCCUCAGAGACCUCCUAGAGAUGUUGUGAGGCAACCUGCUAGAGGGGUCGGAAACCAGCCAAACAUGGCUCCUUAUUAUGGCUCUCUUGAUAAAAUUGAAAAUAUUAUUCCAGAUACAAUGACUGGAGAAGGCAUUAAGAGGACAGAAGCCUUCACUGUAGAGCUCACUGAAGAUAAAUAUAAGAAAUGGAAAGACCAGUUCUGGGAAACUAGAGCUGAAGGUGCUGAAUGGGUCUGGGAAGUAUUAAAAGAAGCUGUAGAUUUAUCAGCAAGCGAAGCUAAAGAACUCCUUAAAAGUAAAGGCAUUAAAACCGAGCCAAGGCUAGGGAUGAAAAUGUGCUAUGACGAGACAGGCAAGAGCUAUGUCCUCCCUCCAGCAAUUAUUAAUGAGCCUGUUGGAUUUGGUGAGGAUUUGGAAAAGAAAAAAUUGGAGCAGAUUGAGGCACCAAAUGACGAAAAAGACUUAACUUUAACCCUUCGGAAUGCUUCAAAGUUUGAUGAUGACGAAAUUGAAAUUAGUGACCACAGCACAGUUGUGGAGCUUAAGGAAAAAUAUGCAGAACUGAAGGAUGUAGACGAUAUAAAGAAAAUUAGGCUGCUUUAUUACGGAAGGGAACUCAAGAAUGACUAUAAUCUCUACCAUUAUGACAUAAAUGAGGAGAUUAUCCUGAUAGCAGUCGUCAAUCAUGAUUUAGAUGAUUAGG